UUCAUACAGUUCUCUCUUUCAUUUUUCACUCGUGGCUUGAUCUGCGUUGUCUGAUGAAAAUGUAACAACAAAGGCAGAAAUUCUUUUUCUUCACAAAAUUUAUUGUGUUGAUAACUGAUCGUGCUGUAGUAGGAUUAAUUAAGCUUGCAGAGAAUUUGACAAAACAACUGAAUAUUCCCUGAAGACAUGUGACGGGGCAUGACUAUGCUGAAUUUUUGUUCCUCUUUCCCCCAGCCAAAGUUUUAUUCCGUUGAAUACUCAGCAAAAAAAGUAACUAUGUUUGGACUUUUCUUUUUAAUUUUAUUUGCCCCUGGAGUCAGUGAAUUUCUUUGCAUAUCAUCAGAUCUAGAACUGUCUUACACUUUUUGUGAUUCCACAGCUCAUAUUUUCAUGUUUAACCUGACACCUUGCAGCAUUAUGAACAAUUUCGUCUGGAAGGCUGCACUUACCUGGAUUCCACGAAGUGACAUCACCUUCCUGAAGGUCAUCUUCUAUGUCUGGUUUGACGGAGCCAAAGCGUUUCACUGGAAAGAAGUCCUUUGUAGUGGAGCCGCUGACGACGAAUAUUCAGUGUGCAGAAGGCUGAAAGGAGAAACAAUUGAAACAACAUUUGACAUUAAAGGUUCAAGAACAAACUUUCCAAAGGGCAAUUAUGACAUUAUUUUACAAGGAUUCUCUGAUGAUUCUGAGAAUAUGUUCAUAUGCUUGAAUAUCACCAUGAUAGUAAAACAAGACAUUUACUGAAUGUGACAAACAUUUCAAAUAAUUCCAGAACACAGAGGUCACUUCUGCAAGCAACUGGAAUCCAAGCUGUGAAAUAAUAAGCACGCUAAUUUUCCUGAGGUAGAAUACAUCAUGUACUGUCUGGAAAGCUACCUGAUGGAUAGUCUUACCCAUUUAUAGCACCAUUGUAAUCAGAUGCUCAACCAGUGUGCACAAAAUCUCUGGGAAUCAAGAAUCCUGAUUAACCCACAGAAUAACCCUGACUGGAUGUCAGGCUGAGGACUGCAUUUUGGUGCUGUGCCUUGAGUUAUGAAAAUGCCAAGUCCUUCAGACUGCACGAAACUAAUAUAGGAAGUUUUGAAGUGCAAGAAUCAGAAGUUCACCAGUAUUCAGUUUGAAAUAAAACAGCAAUUGAAACUGGGAACUCUGUUGUGUUUCUUUUUUUUUUUUUUCCCUUUUAACAAUAAAACUUGUUUGUACAAUCAA